UGCACGGGGUGGCCGGCGGGGCGGGGCCCAGCCAAAGGACCCAAGAUGGCCGACUUCGAGGACCGGGUGUCGGACGAGGAGAAGGUGCGUAUAGCUGCAAAAUUCAUCACUCAUGCACCACCAGGAGAAUUUAAUGAAGUGUUUAAUGAUGUCCGGUUACUGCUUAACAAUGACAAUCUUCUCAGGGAAGGGGCAGCACAUGCAUUUGCCCAGUAUAACAUGGAUCAGUUCACUCCCGUGAAGAUCGAGGGGUAUGAUGAUCAGGUCUUAAUUACAGAACACGGCGACCUGGGCAAUGGCAGAUUUUUGGACCCAAGGAACAAACUUUCCUUUAAGUUUGAUCAUUUAAGGAAAGAAGCGAGUGAUCCCCAUCCUGAGGACACAGAAGCAGCUCUAAAGCCAUGGAGAGAUGCCUGUGACAGUGCACUGAGGGCAUAUGUGAAAGAUCACUAUCCCAAUGGCUUUUGUACUGUUUACGGCAAGACUAUAGAUGGACAGCAGACAAUUAUUGCCUGUAUUGAGAGCCACCAGUUUCAGCCCAAAAACUUCUGGAAUGGCCGUUGGAGAUCAGAGUGGAAAUUUACCAUCACGCCCCCUGCGGCUCAGGUGGUUGCAGUGCUGAAGAUCCAGGUUCAUUACUAUGAAGAUGGCAACGUGCAGCUAGUUAGCCAUAAAGACAUCCAAGAUUCUCUAACGGUGUCAAAUGAUGUCCAAACAGCCAAGGAAUUUAUUAAAAUCAUAGAACAUGCGGAAAAUGAGUAUCAGACGGCAAUCAGUGAAAACUAUCAGACUAUGUCCGACACCACGUUCAAAGCCUUGCGUCGGCAGCUGCCCGUCACUCGCACCAAGAUUGACUGGAACAAAAUCCUCAGCUACAAGAUUGGAAAAGAAAUGCAAAAUGCUUAAGGCAGAACUGAUGAGAUUGAUGAAACGGUAGCUUACAAAAAACUAAAUGCGGUCGUAUGCCAAGUAGGUGGUUUCCAAACCAGUGUGGCAUUUUGCUAGGUCUUUCAAAGCUAAAAAGUUUUCUUGCCCCAAGGAGAACUAUUGAACAAAUAGCAUUGUCUUUGUGGUUUUUGUUCCCUACUGUUGUGGAAAAAUUCACCCACACAUUAUUCUUGGUCAGCAACUCAGCCUGAGGCCUGUUUAUUGAUUACACACCAACGCACUGGGGGCAGCAGCUAUUGGAACUGCUCCCCCGAAGCAAAGCCCAUACAGGAGCUUUUAAAGCUUGAAACUACUAACAAAUGACACAUACUUGAGUAAUAAUUACCUUAUUUGGAAUACAUUGCAAAAUUAAUACAGGUCAAGAGUUAGGGUCUUUUUGGUGCUUUCCAGCACCCUUUUGCAACCUUGCCUUGUAUGGAUGUAAUUGAGUUAGGGUCUCCUUGAUACUUUCCAGCCUUUUGUUACAAUCUUCCCUUUUAAGGGGUGCAAUUACACAAUGGUCUUCUACGGGGUACAGUUACACAAUAGGGGAGGGCAUGAGUUUCAUUUAUAAUUGCUUCACACCUGUAGGUUAUUGAAUUGCUUCACACAAGCAGUUAUUGCAGUUUUAAAAACAGGAGACCCAUCUUGCAAAUUGUUCUUGUUUCAGGGGCUUUCCACCACCUUCCCUCUGGCCCCUCCCUUCUGGUCUUAACCCCUGACCGCUGCUUUCAGGGAGCACAACACUUGGCUUAGCUCAGGUUUUGGUCUAGAUCAAGCAAAUGAAAGCCUAGCAUUAGGGCCAGCUAAUUUUUUCCUCCACGCUGCCAUACAAACUUACUGUUAUUGCAUUUACUGGUAGGUCCUUUGAAUUAAACCACAUUCAUUGUUCGAUAAUAUAGCUCUGUUUGAGAGUCACUGUAUUUACUGGUUGGAAAAUUUCCUAGCCCUGAAAGCCUUUCUAUAAAUACAGGCAGGUGUGUUGGGAGUAUUUUCCCUGCACCCUUAUACAGCACUCCAGGUACUUCAGUAACAGCUGAAGCUGCUGCACUGCAAACUGUAACAAAUGCCAGAGACGACGCGUCUCCCACAUAUGGCUGCUGUUGAUCUCCACAUAGCAAUGGGUCUAUAGGCUUAGAUUUUUAAUAUCUUAAAUGAGUUUACAUGAUCCCUUACAGAAAUCUCAAGAAGGCCAGAUUUUCUGUGUAAGUAAUUUUUUUAAACCCAAAGAUUCCAUGUUCCCUCUAAGUGAACCUUUUUUUUUUUUUUUU